AUGAAGGAUUCAGGCCAACCUCUACAAACACAAGAAUACACUCACAGAAACGAAUACAAACCUCUCUUCACUUUUGGAUCUCCCAAGCAUUCUCUCGAACAAAUCACUACCAAAUAAUCCACUCAUCUAACCACCACCCAACGUGUCAUUCCAAAUACCAUCGCUUCAUUUGAUAGAGAAGAGUCAUUACCCACGAUUUCGAGAAAAAAGAGAGCAAACAUCAAAAAAAUCAAGAUGAUCACACAAGCCCAACAGGAUCUACAAAUACUCGACUAUCUCGAGUAUGUCAAACAAACUCAAUUACAAAAAAAACAAUUGAACAACAUCUUUGAAAAAUUGGACGAAAAAGAAGGAGAUACAUUUGUUUCCCUAAAUCAAUUAAAACAGAACCAUCUCAAGUCAAUUAAGGCUGAAUAAAACCUAUACAUUCAUAAACUUAUAUUUAGUUCCUUUGCUGUCUACUCCAUUAAAGUAUUGAAAUAAAUUACCAUUUAAGAAAUUAUUGAUCUAUAUUUGGCUGCCCAAAAAAUACAAACAAGCCAAUUCAGCUCAGUAGAAUAAAUCGUUCAAUCCUUCUUAUCAGAUUUAGAAAUCGCCUCCAGAAUUUAUAACUCAACCAAACUCAUGGCCUCUGCCCUAUGUAAAAUUACUGGCAUUGAUUACAAACUCUUCUAUCUCCUUUACAAACCCAAACGAAUCCUCCCCAACUCUGAAGGCUACGUAAUUGACGAGAACUUUGCAAACAAUUACCAAUACACCCACAUUGACUGCUACGAUGUCUACUAUAGAAUAUUUGGAGCCGGAGACUUGCCAUACGAAUAUCUAGAGCACAUGAAGGACUUCUAUCCUCAAGAAGCACCCCCCACCAUGUUCAAUAACCAAAUCAGACUAAAGGACUAUAAACUAUCUAAGUAGAAGUUGGAGAACGAUUUCGGAAAGGACAAGACUGGCUGGUACAAUAAUGCCAACAAAAUUGAGGUAGACUUGGACUUCAUUAGAAAAUUGCUCUAUUACCAAAAAAAUCUCCAAAUUUCACUCAAGAACAAGCAAUAAGAUAUCAUCGUAAACAAGCAGUUGUAAUUGCAGCACUAUACCAAAUAAGUUAUCACUGAACAACCAGAAGAACAAAAGCAGAGGCAAAUGAUGUAACAAACCAACUCUCUUUUGUACAAAAUCGAAACUGUCGAAAAUUAAAUAGGAACCUUCCCAUUGGUAUCGAGAGCGAAUCGUUAUUUCUAUGAGAAUCUACAUUACCUUGAGAGAAUACAGAAUAAAAUUAAGAAGAAUGAUUAUUAAAUAUAAUGA